AUGUGGAUUCUAGACACCGAUACCGACCUCUUAGGAGGGAGAAGAACCUGGGUCCGUCCGGGCGCCGAAGCAAUCCUCGGCCGUACGCAGUUCGCCGGUGCCACUCAAAAGGCGAUCUCACGUCGGCAUAUUGUUCUAAAAGUCGAUGAAGUUCCAAAGUAUGACGGGCUUAGUAUCCGGCAUUACUCCAGUCUCACGUUGAAAGAUGAAUCCAAAAAGGGUUCUACCGUCGAUGGUCGUUUCAUCAACGGUACUUCCGUUGUUCUCGAUCCAGCGAUAGAUCACGAAUUUCAAAUGGCGACUGCACCUCAGAUAUUUCGUCUAAGAUACGAACCUCAAAUCUUCACAAUCCACAACUCCUCCAAAAAGAAAUCCACAGACCCAAAAGUCCUCCUAAAAGACUACCUCUCAAAACUCGAACAGCUAGACAUAAAAUGCAUCCCCGAAUUCCUCCCCGGAAAGACCACCGUAGCAGUUGUCACAAAGCGUAACCUACCGAUCAGUCUUCGCGCAUUAGUAAACGGUGCGUGGGUGGUUACAUCUGCUUUCGUAGACGCCAUUGCUGCAGCUGCGACAAAAGUUAGAGGUGAUAAUGGAGAUCUGCUGGAUAGCCCUUUACAAGAGGAUAUUGUUGCGAAUUGGCCAGAUCCGUUAGGUUUCCUACCACCACCGGGUCAGGAACCGAACCCGAAGGCGCCGGAGUACUUUAAACCAAAUCAUAAGCGUAAAACGAUGUUUGAGAAAUGGGUGGUGGUUUGCUGCACCCAACAGCACAUGGAUAUCUUCACCGGUCCCAUUACUGAUGGGGGCGGGAAGACCGAUCUAUUCAACUUGAGAGAAGGCAAGACAAAACCAGCCGAAUUGAUCGUACAUAUUGACCGCUUGGGUAAGAAAGUUAUCGUACUGCAUCCGAACGUCGAAGGUGAAUGGUACGUAAGAUUUAGACGAGAAGUUGAAGAGCGAACGGGGGUGAGGUUCGCAGAACAGAACGAGUUUUUGGAUGCAGUGUUGAUGGCAGAUGCCGGGGAGCUGGCAAAACCAUACGAAGCAGAGGAGAGCAGCGUAGUAGUGCACGAAUCCAUCGAAUUACCUGCACCGCCACCGAGUACCGAAGUCCCUAAAGAAUCACAACCGGUCACCCGAAGGACUCGAGCUCAUAACCACGAAGAAGAGGUCACAAAGCCAGAGCCUUCACAGAUGCCUCCACCUACUAGAACAUCAACAACAAGUAGCUUGCGAACGCAGACACGAUCAUCUCGCUAUGUUAGUCAAAUAAAAAUUGACGACUCGGACGAUGAUGAUUUCACACCUUUACCGCCGCCCCCAUCCUCGUCUAGCGUCACCGCUAAGUUCGGUGGUGCCAGUCAGAAUAUCAAGGCGGCUUCCGGUGCUACCGCUGCCGCUUCCUUUUCUUCUCAUACUAUUUCACAGGGACCGGGGAAGAAUACGCAGUUAUCGGUCAUAUCGGAGACUCAGCAACCGCAAAGUUUGCAAAGCCAGGCAAAAAGGAGGAGGAUUAUUCCUUCUGAUGAUGACGAUGAUGAAGACGACAACGCGAUCAUGGAUCGAAUGCUGACAGGCCAGGCGACAAUGAAAAGAAGAAAAGUAGAAGAGGAAGCAAAGCGAGCAGAGGCCGUGAAGCCGAUGAAAAUAUUACCUUCCGCUCAAAGGAAAACUGAAGAACCACCGACGCCUGAGCCGGAAUCGAUCAAAAUAGAACAAGGGGAGGAAGAUGAGGAGGAAGUAGAUACGAAACCCACCAAAGGGAAGAAAAAAGCCGUCGAUAGUAAAGUCAUUCAAACUGCGCAAGAAAUCCGGCGGAGAGAAGAAGCUAGGGCAGCGGAGGAAGAUGCAGCGAAUGAAAUGAGCCCGGAGGAGAUUGCGGCUGUUGCUAAAAUGCGAAAUUUAGCUAUUAUUGAGGUAUUCGAAAUCGCGCCGAGAACAAGUAAACCAACUGGGAGAUCACAGGCGUACGGUGACGAAGGGGAUAGAUGGGAUAAUGCUUGGAACGGAAGGAGAAAUUUCAAGAAGUUUAAGAAAAGAAGCAAGAACGGGGAAGUAGAAGGUCCAAUGAGGAGGAUGGGAGGACAUAUCAUGGUGCCCUUGGUGGAGCACAAGGCGAAGGAUUUCGGAAUAGGGGAAGGGUACUGGGUUGAACCACAGCAGUCGUCAGUGGCGGCGGGUAAGAGGAGGGAAAGCCAAACUAAUGUCUCACACGUUUCUGAGACACAAAUUGGAGGUGGCUCCGCGGGGAGAAAUGGGAAGGGGGUCAUGGAAGUGGUCGUGGAUAUAAGUGACGAUGAGUUCUUCGAAGAGGAAACGGCGAGGGACGAGUCCUUGGCUACCAAGAAAUCGCAGGGAAGGUCGCAGAAAUCACAAGGGACGCAGCAGGCUUCCGGAAGGGUAGUUAGAGGGAGUGCAAGGGGUGGGACGCAGACAUCUACGGCACCGGCGAAACGAACUACAAGCAAUAGGAAUAGCGUCAGCGAGGAGCCGGCGAAGAAGAAGGCCAAGACGAUGGCUAUAUUCGACAAAGAGGAGAGUGAAGACGAGGACAGCGAUGAUGACGAACUCAAGUUCACGUUUAGGCAGCGUGGACGAGGGUAG